UAGUCGUGUCUUCCUUCUGGGUUCUAAUGGCAGAAAUUUGUUAUUGCAAUCCACGUAGCGACGCUUUUUCCUUCUUUUUCCUUUUUCUUCAGUGCGUACUUUACAACUUAUGGCAGAAGAUAAAGGCAGCGGAGAGCCAGUGCCUGAUAAGGCUUCCUCAAAUGCAGGACCGUCGCAGCAACAGAACCCUCAACAACAACAACAACAACAACAACAAGAGAAAAGUUUCAUGGAAAAAUAUGGUGGAGCAAUUGUUAGAAUGAUCUUCUUUUGGUUGUUAACGAAGAUGGUCAUUGGAGGUUUCAACAGCAGCAAUACUGUAAAUCAAAAUCCAGCAAACACGAAUACCGAAACUUCAAAACCUGUAUUUGUUCCUGGCGCUGCCACGUUACGUGAUUAUGCUCAAAACAUCCCUGAUGAUGUUUUUUAUUAUCCUCCCCCUCAGCUACCAAUAACAGAUUUACCAGAAAAUAUGCUCCCUUUGUGGCCUGUAGGCACACCAAUGGAAAUGUCAAUCUAUUUGAGUGAGGAUGAGUACUUCACAGAUUAUUCAAUGAAAGCAGAUUAUAAAACAACUGGAUUACAAUAUAAUCAACCUUUCACGGCGAGAGAAUAUCAUUUGGAUAUCUCUACAACACAGUCUAUGCAGCACAAUGGUACUCUAUAUGCUCACAUCUUUUUGUCAAAUUUUGGAGCGCCUAUCAAUCCGACAGCUGAAGGGUUCAAUCGUGAUCUGAUCGCUUAUUACAGACACGUAUUGACCAAGUUUUACCCUCAAAAGGCAGUCGUCAAACAAAAGAACCUGCUGAAAGGCAGCCAUCAUGCAGAAAAAGUUGAAGGAGAAAGCGAUCAAAACCACAAUGAGAAAGGAGAGCUCGAAGAGGAAAUUGAUAAUCACGAUAUAAACAUUGAUACUGUUAACGGGGGUAUCAGAGGUUUAGGUGCAGGCCUUUUGGGUAAUCUUACCCGUCGUGGCCCAUUAGUUGCUCAUUGGCAAGAGAAUGUCACGCUAACCUUAAUAACUGAUAAAAAGAGCAUGCUUCCUAAGAAUGUACUACAACCUUCUGUAAUGAAAUAUAUUCAACUUGAUCAUAAUCUUGCUCGUAGUGCUUCUGGUAAACACGGUUUUUACAAACCUAUUAUAUUCCCUAACGAGUUUUGGUCAUUGCAACAGAAUGCAUACCCAAUCAAUGAUUCUGUAUCCACAUUACCGUUGAAUAUUCGUAUCGAGCCUAUCUCUAUGUGGAAAUUCAAUAUUUAUUCUACUUUGGAUGACUCAAUGAAGCAGCAAGCCAACAGUCCUAUGGGGGGUAUGAGCUCAAGUGAUCUAGAUGAAGUCAAGCGUAUGUUCUUGGAAACCAACCCACUUCUUCUCGGAACGACUAUUGCUGUGAGUUUGCUCCAUUCUCUCUUUGAAAUGCUCGCUUUCAAAAAUGACAUUGCAUUCUGGAAGAAGAAGCAAAACAGUGCCGGUAUCUCGGUUCGUACAUUGAUUGUCAACAUAUUUUUCCAAAUCGUCAUUUUCCUUUAUCUACUUGAUAACAAUCAAGAAACAUCCUACAUGGUUUUAAUAAGUCAAGGCUUUGGGUUGCUGAUUGAAUUGUGGAAAGUAUUCAAAGCGCUAAAGUAUGAACUGGUAUGGACUCCUGGUAACUUGUUACCGAAGUUAGGUCAGCAACAAGUCGAUCAGACUGCAGAGGAGGAUGAAACAGCCAAAUAUGAUGCUAUUGCAUUUAAGUAUUUGAAGUGGCUUUCUUAUCCUUUACUGGGCGGCUAUGCCAUCUAUUCCUUGCUUUACGAUGAGCAUAAGAGUUGGUACUCUUACGUGCUUAAGACUCUGGUGGAAUUUGUAUAUAUGUUUGGUUUCAUCACUAUGCUUCCGCAAUUGUACAUCAAUUAUAGACUCAAGAGUGUUGCCCAUAUGCCUUGGAAGACGUUAAUGUACAAAUCUCUCAAUACGUUCAUUGACGAUCUGUUCGCCUUUGUUAUCAAAAUGCCCACUUUGCACAGACUUGCUUGCCUUCGCGACGACAUUGUAUUUUUUAUCUAUCUAUAUCAACGCCGCAUUUACAAGGUCGAUCAUACUCGUGCAAAUGAAUUCGGUCAAGUUGGUGAUCAAACAGCUGCGAAGGAGGAUGAUAAGGAAUCCAAGAAAAACAAAUAAGCAUAUAUACUCGUGCAAAAGAAUUGUUCGAUAAAGUUUUUAUUUCUCUGUAUUCCAGUUUUCCAUGCUUAUUUCUCGUAUAUUAUAAUACAAUAUAUAGAAAACUAUU